UUUUAACAAUUAACAUUUAUCAAUAUUAUUGUCCAGACUUUUAUAACUUUGUGUGGAAUGGAUUUAAACACAUGCAUGGACCACCUCAAUCAAGACUGUUACUGCUGGUGUAAUGAAGAAAGAAACAUUUCGUUUGCAAUCAAUAUCACAGCAACAACAUUAUUAGACCAGAAUAAGCUGUCUGCAAAAUUGUAUACUAAAAAUAAAGAUGUCUGCAUAGAGAGUCAAGUAAUACAACUUCCUGCGAUUUCAAAGAACUGUUCGAGAAUGAUGCUUGAAAAUUGUACAACUUUAGUAGCAGAAGGUGAAAUUGUUACAUGCACAUGUACCUUGUCUCGAUCGGCAUCCAACAAACAUGCUGUCUCCUGGAACACCAGCCAGCACCAACUAAAUCUGAAGGCGUCAGCUACAGUUUCAUUUAUCGCUAGGAUACCCCAACAAGAAUUAACCUGUGUAGCUAAAGCUUUUCAAGGAACGGAGUAUUUUGCUUUAGUUUUUUUACCUUUCGUUGUCUCUAAAAUUCAUAACGUUUCAUGCGACACAAUUCUCCAUCACGAUGGAUCAGCAAACAUUAGCUGCACUACAGGAAGAAUUUACCCAAGAGCCAAAUGUAAAUUUUUCCAAUACACAGAUAAGAAACCAAGAAGACAAAUAGAGAAUGUUAGUUAUAAGCACACAAUUGUUUCAAGGCAUCCGCUGUACUAUACAACUCUGUGUGGUAUGCAUUUAAAGGACGCACACCUUGAGACAAACGCGUUGAACGUCACUGCAUACUUAUACCCAGAGCAUGUCAAUAUAACACAUUCAAGUAGGUUUGCUAUCAGACGAACAGUCAGCGUUGACGUCACUAAAGAUCUGGAUCUAGCGAACGCUGUAAGCGGUGUUACGUUACAAAAGUAUACUCAGCAGGACAGCGUGACGUCAUGCCUUGAGGGACUCAUCACCUUGCAGGACAAGAUGGUGUUUAGAACACUUGUUGACCUCACAGCGUUUAACAACACGCUGAGAUCUGUGUCUUACGAGGUGAAGAGACACACGAGAUUCUAUUUCAAAAGUGUUUGCUUCUUAAAGAUUCCUUCAAUGUGUAAAGGAUAUAACACCAAGGAAUGUUACUGUCAGCCCACACAAACAGAGAACUUAUAUCUGUUCGUUCUCAACGCCACUGCCUAUGAGAUCUACAGCCGCGGUUUCGUCAAAGUAUCAGUCAUGCUGAAGAACUUGUCUAUUCUUUCUACUGAUACGAUAAACAUACCUCCUAUUUACGAUCCCAGCUAUAUAUGGAGUAGUUUCAGUAUAAACAACGUUUUCCUGCAGGAGACAAAAUGCAGGGCGAUGGUCAGCGGGAAAGAGGUGAAGAUAGAAUACACAUGCGAUAUUGAUUGGCCUUCACCCUGCAGGCUAGAAAUACUCGAUGCAUCUACUAAUGAUACCGUACUGCGAGGAUCUAAUGUCAUCAAAAGCACAAAGUCGUUCGACGGUCCCACAAAUUUGACGUGGGUUCUCAAGAAGCAGUACUGUCAUGGCACUGAAGAGCACACGUUCCACUGUUUCAUUCAUGUAGAAUCAAGAGAAGAGGUCAUGAUGAGUAGCACAGGACUAACCAUAAUUUAUUCAGUAGCCAUCUUGUUUGUUUUAGUCUUGGUUGUUACACUAGUCUCAUGUCUCUGUUGGAAAAAGAAAAUAAAACGAGCAAGUCACAGAAAAGAAAAAAGUAUUAACAAUGAGGAGGAAACGGAACUAAACUCUUUUAGAGGAGAUUGAAACCAGUCACUUAAAGCCCAGUCACGUGAUUUCAACAUAAGAACUGAUUGUACUUCAGAUCUUAGAGACUACUAUAAAACGCUGCAGACUCUCUUCAUGAUGACUAAGAAAAAAUCCAAGAUUUAGUUUUGGUCCAUGGAUACAAUUAUAAUACAAUUAUAAUGAAGAUGUACUAUCUGCUUAAACAAUAUUCAUAAUAUCAGACAAGAGCUACACAAAAUAGAUGUGUUGUGAAAGCACUAAAGCAAUGGUUCUACACUUUUGUAAACAGAACUAUAUACUAACAUUUCGCUACUACGCUUCCCAUAUCUUUAGAAUGAUAUGCACUUUAUAUCUCAAUAACGUAUUGCAGUGGCGUAGCUAGGAUGGGUGGAGGGUGAGGAAAAUAGCCACGGGCCAUUAUUUGAAGGGGGCCCCCAAAUGAAUGUGUUUUUUUUUACAUUAAAUAUUACGCUAUUAUCUCAUAACAUGGUAUCGAAUGUCAAAUUGCAGGGGCCCCAAAUGAGAGCAAACUUCCCGGGCUGCAAAAUUUCUAGCUACGCCACUGCAUAUCUGUAUCUUUAUAUAUGUUAUGUCAUUCUGACUAUCAGCCCACCAGAUUGACAGCUCUCUUUCCUCUUUUCCCACUUUUUUCCCCUCUCUCUCUCUCUCUCUCUCUCUCUCUCACUUUCUCUGUAUAUGUUUAUUGUAAUACUUAACAACUUAAAAUAAUUCAAAACGAAAGGCAUAUUCCAGAGAAAGAAGACCAGAAAAUCAACAUCAAAAUCAGGUUUUUGUUUGUUGUUGGAUUUUUCCCCUUCAUUCGAGUUAAUAUGCGUAAGAAGUCAGUAUGCAAUUAACAUAAAAAAAAUACACCAUUAACACCAGGUGGAAGACUUUGAAACCCUUAAAUUGUAUAAGUUUUCAAAAGUACCUAUCUUCAAGUAUAUAACCUACCAAGCCUCAGCCAGAAAUUUGACGUUGAACAAUCUUGGUUGUGUACAUUGAUUUAUUCUAUUUCUGUUUAUUCCAGCUGUAAAGUGUUCACAAUUUUCUCUGUUACAUUUGUUUACAAAGCAUUUUCUUGCAGCAUUAUUGUUUAUAAAACAAAAUUUCUUUGUGUACAAAUGUUGAAGGUUUCGAUGUUGUUUUAGUGAACCAAAAUUGAUUCGAGAUGCAAGUAGUUUGUGUCUCAUUUUGGCAUUACCUUUAUAUUUGAAGAUAAUUGCAUCCUAGCCCGGACCUCCCACAGGACAGUGGGGGAUGGCUGAAGGCAGGGAUUGAGCCCCAUACCUUCUUGACCAUCGAACGACUGUCCAGAGCACAUACCACAUGAUCAAAAAGCCGUCCAGUAUUGAAUGUUACCCUUAUAUCUGCAUUUUCUAUUCUAUUUUCUGUACCAUGUUUACUUUUGUGACAUUUAUUGGUUUAAAGAACAUGAUGACAAUUUUAGUAAGCAGUCUCUUAAUCAAGGAUGGAUAUGUUAUGUCUUCUGAUAUCUGUAUUAACAUUGUCUUCGUACCCUACCAAAUAAACUAGUUCUUAUGGCCUCAUUAGGAAGUUGGCGCGAAAAGUUAUUUGUUUCAUAAGAAGGAAAAGUUUUGCCUGGAGACAGUGCCGAGAUUUAAAUCUAGGCGAAAUUAAACACAGAAGACUUUUGGCUUUAGUUUCUGAAGUAGAUAUUUUGAAAUAGUCGACAUUCAACGAUUCCCUUCAUUACGUAUUAAACCUUUUUGUCAACAUCAGAAUCAAGUACCUUUAUAGUGAUCGCCUUUCGCCUGUGUUUAUUGGUUUGCUUAUUCGAGUGUUAUCUGCGUUUAGACUUGUCUACGCAAGACACAGAGCGGAGGCGCCUAAUGACCAACCGCCUUUACUUUCCCAACUAAUGUCAGGCACCCAUUAGAGCUGGGGGAACUCAGAGGCAGCCAUGGGCGCCCAAAGAUCCAAAAUUAAAAAUUUCAGUCUUCUCCAGGAUUUGAACCAAUGACCCCGGUUCGGAAGCCAAGCGCUUUAACGCCCAGCCACUGCGCCUCCAAUGCUAGAGAAGUACUGGUAUUAAAAACGGGAAGGCCUCUCUUCACUAUACGCCAACUCUACUAUAUUAGUUAAAACAUUUUCACAUCUUGCUGGCACAUCCCUUUUCAUGCUAGUCAAUAUUCUGUGUAGUUAGUCUAGUAGUUAGUAUGUGUUUAAUGUGGGCAAAGGUGAAUAGCUGACUUGUGAAUACGCCAUUUUUAACAUGUGUAUAAGGCUUUAACACUUUAUUACCUGAUAUAAUUAAUGGUUAAUAAAACAAAAAUGUAUAGUUUUUCAUGUGAAGUCUUGGUUACUGUAUAUUUUUUUUAUAAAGUUAUUUUUUUUUAAUUAUCCAAAAGUUAUAUCUUUUUUUUGUGCAUUUAUUUAUUUAUUUUUUCACUCUUUUAUUUCCGUAAAUAGUUUUCUCGUUUUAUUUGAUAUUGAAUUAUAGGAGAUUGAACCCUCUUUUUACACAACGCAAAUUAAAGUUUAUAAAUCCGAAAACCAAUUUAGUUUAAUGGGUGUCGAAUCAAAGUUGACAUCGUUAAUAAAAAGAGAAAGUUAAUUUAUUUUCGCUAGACUUUGCUUGCAAAUAUUUCAAAUCAGUUGAUUGUCUAUUUACACAAUUUUGUGUGUGUGUGUAAUAGAGUAGUUGUCUAUUUCCACAAUGUAUUUAUUGAGAUCUGUUACGAAGGCAAUGCAGUUGCUUUCUUCUUAACUUUGAACAGAUAAAGAUUACUCUUCACCAAGAUGCGAAUUCACAUCACAACUCAAUCUGUAUACAUACAUAUAUUGUUUACUUUUGUUUUUCCAUAGAACUAUAUACGUAUCUUUACGGUUUCUCAUUGUAAAGUAUAAUCUGUGAACUUAAUUGUAUUUAUAACUAACAAUAUAUAAUAUUAUGCAAAAACGUGUACAAUAAAUGAAAGAUUUUGAAAACAAAAUAUAACAAAUA